CCCACCCAGCAAUUCAAGCCCAAAUGAACAAAGGUCGUACACAAAGGAGACAGAGAAGAACAGAAACUAAUAAAAAAAACAGAACCAACUUCCAAAAAGGAUUCAGGAAACCAGAGCCGAAGGAGAAGGACUUAGCCGCGUCUUUACAUCGAGACGAUCGGAAGGAGAGUGCCUCAAUCCAAAUCCGCCAUUGCCGGAGCUCCGUCAAGCUACUUCACUCUCUGCCUCGACCAAGACCCAGAAACCCCACCAAGCGAUUCUUCCAGAAACCGGAGCUUGUGAAAACACAGACUCCAGACCCUCGGAUUUACACAAGAGACAUUGUAUCCAAUAUCUAUAACAUCCUCAAGCACUCCACCUGGGAAUCUGCUCGAGAGCAGCUCCCGAAUCUCGGAAUCAGAUGGGAUUCUCACAUAAUCAACCGCGUCUUGAAAGCCCACCCUCCGAUGCAGAAAGCUUGGCUCUUCUUCAACUGGGCUGCCGAAAUCAAGGGAUUCAAACACGACCACUUCACUUACACCACCAUGCUCGAUAUCUUCGGCGAAGCGGGUCGGAUCCAAUCCAUGUACUCCGUGUUUCAGCUUAUGAAGGAGAAGGGUGUGGUGAUCGAUACGGUGACGUAUACGUCGCUGAUCCACUGGGUUUCAAGCUCCGGCGAUGUUGACGGAGCAGUGAGGUUGUGGGAGGAUAUGAGAGCUAAUGGGUGCGAACCUACCGUCGUGUCGUACACGGCUUACAUGAAGAUACUUUUCGCCGAUGGGAGGGUGGAAGAAGCGACGGAGGUGUAUAAGGAGAUGUUACGGUCGAGAGUUUCUCCGAAUUGUCACACUUAUACGGUGUUGAUGGAGUAUCUCGUCGAAACAGGUAAAUGUGAGGAAGCCUUAGACAUUUUCUUUAAAAUGCAAGAAAUUGGGGUGCAGCCAGAUAAAGCAGCUUGCAAUAUUCUGAUUGGGAAAGCCUGUAAAUUCGGUGAAACAUCGUUCAUGGCUCGAAUUCUUCUAUACAUGAAAGAAAACGGGAUCGUCCUUCGUUACCCUGUCUUUUUCGAGGCUUUAGAGACUCUUAAAGCCGCAGGAGAAAGUGAUGAACUGUUAAGAGAAGUCAACUCGCAUAUUUCCGCCGAAUCUCUUUGCUCCAGUGGCAUCGACGAGACUCUCACAACCGAAGUUGAUGACAAGAAAUGUUCAGAUGAUAGUGGAAUUAUCAGCUCGGUUCUCCUGAUGAAGCAGAAUCUGGUUGCAGUUGAUCAUCUUCUUAACCAGAUGAAAGACAGAAACAUAAAGUUGGAUUCUUUUGUUGUUUCAGCAAUCGUAGAAGCAAACUUCGACCGUUGUAGAACAGAGGGGGCUUCGUUGGCCCUUGAUUACAGCUCGGAAAUGGGAAUUCAUCUCGAGAAGUCAGCGUAUCUUGCGUUAAUUGGUAACUUUCUGAGACUAAACGAGCUUACUAAAGUGAUUGAAUCGGUCAAGGAGAUGCUGAAAGCACAACACACGCUUGGUGCGUACCAAGGAGCAACGUUGAUCCACAAGCUCGGGUUUGGAAGAAGACCUCGCUUAGCCGCAGAGGUUUUCGACUUACUUCCCGAUGACCAAAAGGGCGUAGCUGCUUACACUGCGCUGAUGGAUGUUUAUAUCUCAGCAGGGAGUCCAGAGAAAGCAAUGAGGAUAUUGGAAGAGAUGAGAGAACGAGAGACUUUGCCUUCGUUGGGGACAUACAAUGUUCUAUUGUCUGGUCUUGAGAAAACAAAUGAGUUCCAGAAACAAGCAGCGUCGUUGAGUAAGGAGAAGAAGAGUCUUGUUGCUAGUGGCCGUUUUCGAGAAAAUGUUGAUGUUGAAGAGAAACUCUGUGAUCUUCUGUUUGCUAGAAGUCUUCUAGCGAUACUGACUGAUAAUCAACGCCGACAGAUGGCGAGAUCUUGCUCUGUCUGGACGCCUGUUUUAUUAUCACUUUCUCCGAUAACCGGAGAAUCAGCUAAAAUUUCCCGGCGACGUGUGAUUUUAGCCACAAGUGUAGGUUCUCCUCAGACUUUGCUUGAAGCAAACAUUAAGGAACCCCAGAAGCUUCAAGUUCUUGAUUCCAAAGACAUCUCCAGAAGAAACACGAUGCUGUAUCUAACGGCUGGAGUUCUGGGAGGGCUCAACUUUCUCCAUGGCGAAGCAGCAGAAGCUCGAGUAGGAAGAAAGGAGAACAGGAGAAAAGCUUUAGAGAAGCUGAGAGGGAAAGCGAAAGAGUCUGAGCCCAAGUCAGGAGACAAAACGAAAGAGAAAGAGUUAGACACUGAA